UACUGAAUCACCCUUCGAGAAACAUCGUUGGAUGUUGUUUAUGUUGAUGGUGGUGUAGUGUGUAAUUGUGAGUGCUGAGUUACAAGUAGUGCAAGAGUUACGCAGGUGACGGAUUUAUUUCGAAAUGCCGAAGUAUUACUGCGACUACUGUGAUACAUAUCUCACACACGAUUCACCGUCUGUUAGAAAAACACAUUGUCAAGGGCGCAAGCAUAAAGACAAUGUAAAAUUUUACUAUCAGAAGUGGAUGGAGGAGCAAGCACAACAUCUCAUUGAUGCGACAACGGCUGCAUUUAAAGCUGGCAAAAUUGCUUCUAAUCCGUUCGCUGCUACGAAACCCGGAGCUGCUCUACCGCCACCGGCUGGUAUGCCAGGACCGCCACGACCACCUGGACCAGUACAUGGCCCACCUCAGCCUGGACCAGGUAUGAUGGGUCCGCCAGGAAUGCCUCCAAGCCAUAUGGGUCCGAUGAUGAUGGGACCUCAUGGCCCUAUGCCUCCUAUGAUGGGAAUGCGACCACCGAUGAUGGGACCCAUGAUGCCGAUGGGACCAAUGGGUCCAAUGGGACCUAUGAGAGGACCACCACUUAUUGGAGGACCUAUGGGUGCGCCAAUGAAGAAAUAGUAGUGGACUAUAAAUUUCAGUUUGUAUUUAACUUCUAUUGGACUGUCCAGUACAUUUGUGGCAGUGAUGAUAAAAAAAGUGUUCUGUCCUGCCUGUAAGAAUGAAAUGUGUGUCAAACAUUGUUACAUAGCGUAUAUGUAUGAAACAAUUUCUUGGAUUUUCUGUGGAUAUUUGUAAUAAAAUUUAGUUUCAGUGAUA